AUGGACGCCGUCGCUUCACAGCAGAUCCGUGGCGAUCUUCACAACGAGGAGACGAAACAGCCGGUUGUCGAGGUCAAUGGCGCAGAGGAUGACGAUCAAAAUGUUGCCCCCCAGAUCCCUUGGACUUACAAGUGGAUUGCCCUCGUCUGUGUCAUCUCCCUUCCCAUCGGCCACACCUGGACUGGCUCGGCACUUGGCCCACUGAAGAACACCCUUCGAGAAGAACUCGGCAUCAACAACACACAGUUUGGUGUGCUUAGCAGCGCAGAUGCCUUCGUCAACACCAUCUUUCCCAUUGUGGGAGGCCUCAUCCUCGAUUGGUGGGGACCCAACAUUGUAACACUCUGUUGCACGACCGUCAUCCUGGUGGGAUCAGUUGUUGCUGCUGCCGGUGUCCAAGUUGGUCUUUGGCGGGUGCUCGUCGGCGGUCAUGUCUUGAUGGGCUUUGGAAUCGCAGUCCUCGAUUCGGCCACUCAGAAGUUUUUCUACCACUGGUUUGGAGCCUCUGGACUUGCAUUUGCGUUUGGCCUAGAGAGCGCCAUCGCCAACACCAUCAGUCUCGUAUCUGGCAUGGUUGCAAUCCCCAUUCGCGACGGCACCGGCUGGUAUGGUUGGACCUUUUGGAUUCCCGUAUUCUUCUGUGCAUUCUCACUUCUUGUCAACGUCGCCUACGUCUGUUUCGAACGAUUCGUCAUCCCCCAGCAUCUUCGUUUGACGUCCGGUCGCGCCGCAGCUAUCUCAAAGCAACACCUUCACACCAAGAAGCGGUUCUCCUGGAACGUCCUUUUCCAACUUCCGUGGGCCUACCUCAUGCUCCCGGCAACCCAGCUGUUGCAAAGCGGAGCAGCUGGAGGCUUCAGCACGAGCUCCGCAGACAUCAUCUUCAUGAAGGGGUACACUGAGGAGGUGGCCGGUUAUUUGGCCACGGCGCAGAAGAUCCUGCCCAUCGUGCUCAGCCCUGUGCUCGGUCUCGCCAUCGAUACGUACGGUCACCGCUUCCACUACGUCGCCACAGCCCCGGUCUUUUGGAUCAUCGCAUGCUCUAUCUUGGGAUUCACCGACGCGCACCCGACCGUGGGACUGGUCUUCUCUAGCCUGGCGGGCGUCAUCAACUCGAUGCCGCUGCAGAUCUGCAUUCCUCUCCUCGUGGCAGACCAAGCAAAAAUUGGCACAGCCUUUGGAGUCUGGCGAGCCUUCAACAAUUCCGGAUCCACCAUCAUGGAUGUUGUCUUUGGUGUUCUCCAAGACGGAACAGACGGUGGUGGCUACAACAGAGUCCUGCUUGUCGCCAUAGGCAUCAAGGCAUGGGCGUUCGUCUUGGGCAUCUCAUACAUUGUUGUCGAUUACAAAUUUCUCGGCAAGGGCAUGACAAUGACCCGCCGAAGCCGGGAGGCGGCCGAGACGUUGGUCGUCGACAGGGACUUGAAUCCUCUGACGAAGAGGACGUCAAAGGGUUGGUUCACUGCCCUGACCUUCGGGCUCCUUGUGAGCAUCAUUGUCAGCGCCUGGGCAGUGUUCCUUCGCUACCUCAUUUAG